UGCGCAGGUUCUAGUCUUUCUUCCUCGAUUGGUGUAACCGUCUCACGUACGCAAUUCUCAGGCAAAGUCACGCAGUUUUCUGCAUUCGCGUAUUAUAACAGAAAACAAUCAUGGCUCCACCAACAUACAGUGACUUGGGCAAAAGUGCUAGAGACAUAUUUGGUCAAGGAUAUCAUUUUGGUCUAAUUAAGUUAGAUGUCAAAACUAAAACUACCUCUGGCGUAGAAUUCUCUAGUGGUGGAGUAUCUAAUCAGGAUACUGGGAAAGUAUUUGGUACCUUGGAGACCAAAUACAAAGUUAGCGAUCUUGGAUUAACAUUUAGCGAGAAGUGGAACACUGACAACACACUUGCUACCGAUGUUACUUUUGCUGAUAAAUUGCUCAAGGGUCUUACUCUUGGCUAUAGCUGUACAUUCUCUCCUCAGACAGGAACAAAAACAGGAAAAUUGAAGACAUCUUAUAAACACGAAAAUGUGUCAGCAAAUGCUGAUUUUGACCUUAGCCUUUCUGCUGGUCCUUUAAUCAAUGCAUCAACAGUUGUAGGAUACCAAGGAUGGCUUGCUGGUUAUCAAGCUAGUUUUGAUACACAAAGAAAUAAACUUACGAAGAACAACUUUGCUCUCGGAUUCACUGCCUCUGAUUUUGCUCUUCACACAGCAGUAGAUAAUGGUCGUGAGUUCAGUGGCUCCAUUUAUCAUAAAGUGAAAUCAGAUUUGCAAGGAGCGAUCAAUCUUGCUUGGAAUUCUAGCAAUAAUGUUACACAAUUUGGAAUUGGUACAAAGUACAAUCUUGACAAAGAUGCGAGUGUUAAAGCUAAAAUAAAUUCACAUCUCCAAGUAGGUUUGGGAUAUCAACAAAAACUGCGCGAUGGUGUAACACUGACCCUCUCUACAAAUAUUGAUGGAAAGAACUUCGGUUCUGGUGGGCAUAAGAUUGGCUUUGCAUUAGACCUUGAAGCUUAAAUGUGAAGUACUGAUAUAAAAGGACCUGACCUACAGAAUGCUUUGAUGACUUGGUGUCACAAAGACAGCAUCACUUUACAUGCUUCAAAUAAAGUAUUGCCUAUAAUUUGUAGAUAGGUUUGUCCCAAAAUAGAUGCCACAAAAUAUCAUGCAUCUUUUUAUCUUAGUUGAAGAAAUAUUAGUUUAAAAUAUACACAGAUACAAGUGUAAAAGUACCACUAUCAGUAUCUUGUUGUCAUGAACAAUAUGAUUCACAACUUUUAGUGAAACAAAA